UAUAUAUAUUUUGUCAAGUAGUAUCGACAGAGAAAAAGCGGAGGAAGGUAGAAGGUUUGAGUAGAGUCAGUCGGUCGGUACACUGAAUAGUUGGGAAGAAGAUGAGGAAAGAUUGGUAGUAGUAGAUAUAACACAAGUAGCCGACAAAGCAAACCAACGGUCAGGAUUCGUGGCUGGUUAUUGGAUCAUUACUUACUAGAUACAAGGAGGAGGAAUUGAAAUUCAGAGAGAAGAAGAAAAAGAAGAGGGGGAAAUAAAGAAGACGCUUAGAAGAAGCUUAGAAGACGCCUUAAGAUAGAAGAAAAUCAAAUGGAGUAACUAAAAGGGAAACAGUGUUAAAAAGAUAGAGACUAUCCAGUUAGUCUACGUUCAAAAAGAAACAAGAUAGUCGAAAUUAGUCGUUCGGUGUUAACCACAAGUUUUUCCUGGGAAUAAUUAAGUAAAGAAUAAAAAGAACAAUGUUUCACGUGAGAAAAUUGACGAGAUCACCGAUCGGUUUAAAACAGGUGCCUAGUAAUGAUGUCUUACGAGGUACACUAAUUCGAGGUACAACAGCGGCCCUGCAAAUGCGAGGUUACGCCGAUCAUCAAAUUCCCGAACGUUUGAAGGAUGUGCAAAAUGCACCUAAUCCCAAAUUCUUUGACAUGGUCGAAUACUUUUUCCAUCGUGCUUGCCAGAUAGUCGAGGAUAAGCUAGUUGAAGAUAUCGGCAAACGUUCGAGGAUAUCCGUCGAGGAACGUAAGAAAAAAGUUAAGGGAAUAUUAAUGCUCAUGGAACCAUGCGAUCACAUACUUGAGACAUCGUUUCCUCUUAGACGUGAUUCCGGUGAUUAUGAAAUGAUCACAGGUUACCGUGCCCAACAUUCGACACAUCGUACACCUUGCAAAGGAGGUAUCCGUUUUUCAAUGGAUGUUUCUCGAGACGAAGUAAAAGCCUUGUCCGCAUUGAUGACGUUUAAAUGUGCCUGCGUGGAUGUACCUUUUGGUGGUGCUAAAGCUGGUAUAAAAAUCAAUCCGAAAAACUAUUCCGAACACGAGCUUGAAAAAAUCACGAGAAGAUUCACGUUGGAACUUGCUAAGAAAGGAUUCAUUGGACCUGGUGUAGACGUACCUGCUCCUGAUAUGGGUACAGGAGAACGGGAGAUGUCUUGGAUUGCUGAUACCUAUGCGAAAACGAUCGGUCAUUUGGAUAUUAAUGCUCAUGCUUGUGUAACUGGUAAACCUAUUAAUCAGGGUGGAAUUCAUGGAAGGAUAUCUGCGACUGGUCGCGGAGUAUUUCACGGACUGGAGAAUUUUAUUAACGAAGCUAACUUUAUGAGUAUGAUUGGUACCACGCCUGGUUGGGGUGGAAAAACUUUCAUCAUCCAAGGUUUUGGUAAUGUUGGUUUGCAUACAAUGCGUUAUUUACAUCGUGCUGGAGCUGCCUGCAUAGGAGUCAUUGAACAUGACGGUGCGAUCGUCAGUGAGGAAGGCAUCGAUCCAAAACAACUAGAAGAUUACCGUAUCGAAAAUGGUACGAUUGUAGGUUUUCCUGGUGCCAAACCGUACACGGGUGAGAAUCUAAUGUACGAACCUUGCGAUAUAUUUAUACCCGCUGCUGUAGAAAAAGUUAUUACCAAAGAUAACGCGUGCCGUAUUCAGGCAAAAAUAAUAGCCGAAGCUGCCAAUGGUCCAACGACUCCAGCUGCCGAUCAAAUACUCAUUGAAAGAAACAUACUCGUUAUACCAGAUCUUUAUAUUAACGCUGGUGGUGUUACAGUUUCUUUCUUCGAAUGGUUGAAGAAUUUAAAUCACGUGUCGUAUGGUCGUUUAACUUUUAAAUACGAACGAGAAUCUAAUUAUCAUUUACUUGAAUCUGUACAAGAAUCAUUGGAACGUAGAUUUGGUCGUGUUGGUGGUCGUAUUCCUGUUACUCCUUCAGAAGCUUUUAAUAAGCGUAUUUCUGGUGCAUCUGAAAAAGAUAUUGUACAUUCAGGAUUAGAUUAUACAAUGGAACGAUCUGCCAGGGCCAUCAUGAAGACCGCUAUGAAGUUUAACCUUGGACUUGAUCUGAGGACGGCAGCUUACGCAAACUCGAUUGAAAAAAUCUUUACAACUUAUUCCGAGGCUGGUCUCGCUUUUUAAAUGCUAGU